AUGGAGGAGGAUUUAGACUUGGAGCCAAUAUCGCAGCAGCGACCCAUUGCAAAGUUGGCACACGGGCUCGAUAGAGUGUUGUUCGAUCCAGGCGUUCACUGGCUGCAGGAACCUAGGUCGCAAGUCUAUAAUUUUACACCCUGGCUGCAGAAUAUACCCAACGUAAAGGAUUUUGCGUUCGAGCGCAUCACGGGGUUUGUGAAGAGUUCCAGGGAUGAGGAUCUAUGGGGUCUAGCGCGCCGUGAGGACCGAGGCUUUGCUGGAUCUACCUCCUCUUUGACCGGACUCCUGAGUCACAUAUACUUCCUGAUAUCAGGAGACCGGGAGGUUGAUUUGUCCACUUGCAGCAGGGCUUUCUCAAAUGCUCCUGCUACAUUCACUCCGGGGCAACGAAUGCCUGCUAGUGUCAUGUUGAACCAUCGAGAUGGGAGGUAUACAAUCGAUUCUCUGUCACCUUUCCCGGGUCAGAGUGAAACCAAUAUCUUAACUUGGCUGGGACAUAUGCUGGAAAAGUUCUUGACUGCCAGUCCUUCUGAAUUCAAAAAAUACCUUCGCUCGAUCACGCCGCAGCAUGAGGAGGACCCUGACGACCGUCGAGAGGCCUACCGUUACUCUAAGGCGAGUCUCGGCUUAAAAAAUUUUGGAAUGGUGAUGCGGUCGCAGCUCGACUGUGUGGACAAGAGGCUUCCUGGUACAGGCGUGUUUGACCUGAAGACUCGAGCCGUACUACCUAUCCGUAUGGAUCGGUAUAACUACGAGGAGAAUUCUGGUUACAUGAUCCGUAGCAUAUUGGGGCCACGCGAAAGCUUUGAGAAGGAGUAUUACGACCUUGUUCGUUCCGCAUUUCUGAAGUACAGCUACCAAGCUAGGAUCGGCAACAUGGAUGGUAUCCUGGUUGCAUACCAUAACACCGCUCGUAUUUUUGGUUUCCAGUAUAUGCCCCUUGAGGAUAUGGAAGAGCGGUUAUACGGCGCGCCGGGAAGGGGUGAACGCGUUUUCGAGAGAUGCGUCUCGUUGCUUGAAGUAGUUCUACCGGAGGUUACGCGUUGUUUCCCCAAUCAGUCUGUCGAGUUGAUGCUAGAAGCACAAGAAGGCAAGGGUGUUCUCAAUAUCUGGGUGCAACCAGCGGGUUGGAAUGAAGAACAGGAUGGCCCUGCUCCCAUCGUCCAGCUCGAUGUUACCGCGCGGAAUCCAAGUCUUGUAAGGGAAUCCAAAAUCAAGAUACGAAAUGCGGCACUGAUCCUGUCCACAGGGUCGAUUCGUUAUUCCAUAUCACAUAUGGCAUUGCCUGAUGAAACAGUACGGCGCAAUAGGGACGCUGCACGAGAAAGGAUGUUCCGAGCCCAUAGCCUCCCCUCCGGACUGGACAUGGGGGAAAUGGAAGACCGGUGGAAUAACAUGUUUUUCGGCGGGGAACAAGCCUCCGGCCAGGAUAAGGCUCCCUUUAAUCCAUCGUUCUUCACCGAGCCGGACAGGUUCGUCCAAAUGUUACGUAAGGUCGCAAGAGCCGGAAAGGAAGACCUGGAGCGGAUGGAAUUGGCUGCGCACGGGAAGCCUAAGGUUGUAUUCGGAGAUUACGAACCAUACGAACCAUUGCCCAGGUUUGCCCCAGCGGAUGACAUUGGCGACGGUGCGGAGGGCGCCACGCGGUCUGAAGUGUCCUCCCCUCCUUCUAGUCACGAAGGCCAGCUAUCCUCCGAUCGUUCCUCCAAUGUUGCCUCAGGCGCCAGCCCGACACCUGACUUGUAUCGACUCGAUGCCGCUCCUGGCCUCGAAUAUGCAAGCUCUGGCAAAGCACCAGUUCCACACCUUACCGUACAACCUCAUGUCGUCAACCUCGCGCCGGACUUUGAAUCUGCAACCGGGGAAGUGAAUCCGGAGUCGAAACUGGUGCCCACCUCCAAGCUUGACACAGGCUCAGACCGCAAGCAGGAUUAA